GGGAGGGGAGGCAGUGUGCCGGGGUCGCUGGCGCGGCGAGGCCGUGGUGUGCUCGUCCCAGGACCUACAUCGUUACAAUUUUCUUCAAUGACUUACAUGAGGGCUAGGCCGCUCGUUUGAUUCACGCAACCCGCGCGGCUCGUAGAUCCGGAUCGAACUAAAAUACAAUAUUCCGAGAUAGUUCAUUCACACGAGGGCCGCAACAGUCGACUCCAGGCUCCAGGUGAUAUGCGUCUCCGCGUCGUGUCGCGUCUGGGCCGCGAGUGUCUCCCUCGAGUUGCACUGCCGAUAGCGGACGCGGUGUGCUAGUUUUCGCUUUCAUCGACGCACUCACCGUGUAAGUAGUCGCACGUGCGUCGGCGCACGUCGCGAGACUUAUGGUGAAUUAAAAAAAACAGUAUAAAAAACUACACAACUUUUUCCAAAGUAUAUCGAGGGGUUUAAGUGCGAAAGUGAAUCGGGUGCAGCGAGUCCAAUAUGACGUCGCGAUCUAAGGAGAAGGUAGCUGCCGCAUUCCGGAAAUUGUUUCGCUCUCCGGAGAAGCUCGACAAAGACGGAGCCGGACCCAGUGGAUCACCGGCCAAGCGCGGCCUGUUUCGUCGUCACAGGGACGGCGUGACUCCAGCCGAAGCGGCGGUCAGUCUGCCAGCGAGCCCGGCAUCCUCCGCUCUCGGCAAGAAGAAAUCAGCCGGGGCUGAUGUACGGGAGCGGGCGGCAGCGGUGCGGACUAGGCGACUCAUGAAGGAGCUCAAGGAGAUACAGAGGUUGCAGGAGAACAGAACCGACACUGUAUUCACGGUGGAGCUCGUAAACGACAAUUUAUUCGAGUGGCACGUGCGGCUUCAUAAAAUUGAUCCCGAGAGCGAUUUAGCGGCGGAUCUGCGCGAGCUGAACAUCCCCAACAUCCUGCUACAUCUCAUAUUCCCGGAGAACUUCCCCUUCGCGCCGCCUUUCAUGCGAGUCAUCGAACCGAGAAUAGAAAAAGGUUUCGUAAUGGAAGGUGGAGCCAUAUGUAUGGAGCUACUGACGCCGAGGGGUUGGGCUUCAGCGUACACGGUGGAGGCAGUCGUGAUGCAGUUCGCGGCGUCAGUGGUGAAGGGUCAGGGGCGGGUGGCGCGCGCCCCGCCGCGCUCCUCCCGCGAGUUCUCCAGGCGACGGGCGGAGGAGGCGUUCAGAUCGCUCGUUAAAACGCACGACAAGUACGGCUGGGUCACACCUGCGCUCUCGGAUGGUUGAAGAUUUGAUGAUGAUACAAAUCGCAGCAACACACCAUGGAUCUCGUAUAGUUAAUUAAACCUUAACUCAAUUAAUUUUAGUCCUGAUAAGUGAGAUUUAAUAGUCUGUAAAAAAAUACUUUUUGAGCACAUUAACUUAUUAAAACUUUUAUAAAAUUUAAAGUUUUAAGUAUGUAAUUGUACUUACUCGAAAUUUAAAUGAAGACGUGAUAAAAGAACAAAAUUGCAUGAAAUGUGAACAAGUUUUAUCUUUAGAAGUAUGUUAUUUAUGAUUAAUUACUAGUAUUAGUAUGUGUCAAUGUAAACAUGUCGUGCCAAACAUCAAGCUAUUUAGAGCUCAAUCAUAAAAUAAUAAUUAAGGUUUUAAAAAUUCUUAUUUUUACCGUUUUACCGAUUUAAACUUGCGGUAAUACUUUUGAAAGCAGUACAAAUUUUCGUACGAAAUGAGGGUAAUUCUUGAAACAUUCAUUUUACAUUUUGCUAAUAAUAAUUGUGAAAUAAUAAUUAUUUUAUCUACAUUCUUAUACACAUUGACAAAAGUUAUAUCAUAUAUGUUCAGAAAAAAUAUUAUAGAAAUCAGUCUUCUAGCAACUUUCCAAUAGUCUUUUCUGGAUUUGCCCAACAAAAUCUUUAUUAAAAAAAUUGUUUGGAAUGAUUAACAUCAAAUUAUGUAAUUGUAUCCUCGACAUUAUUCUUCACCACCUUUAUAUUUUAAUUAGAAAGAACUCCGUCCCAAAUGUUCAACAUUUAUCAAAAUUUAACCAAAGGAUAAUUACAAAACGAAAGGAUGGCAUUGUAAAACACAAGUUUUAAAUACUGUAAUGUGUCAAUUUUUGGGCGCAUAGAAAAUAGUCAUGAAAAAUAUUGUGUUCAAAAUAUAUUGAUAUAUUUUGAUUAGCAGUUUAAAUUGCAUGAAAGAAUGACAUCCUACAAUUAUAUAAAAUUGAAAAGCUCAAAAUUAUAAUGCUUUUUCAUAUUAUGUGUAACAUUGAUUAGCUUUAAAA